AUGGUAGUGCGAGCGAAUGGUGAAAUCGAGUUAGAGGAAGAAGUCGAAAAUUAUCCUGAAGCCACAUCCGACGAGGAGGAAGACUUAGAGCAUGUUGUUGAUGAAAUGUCUUCUUUGAAUUGCUUUGCUUUGGUAUUCUUCGUGGCUUUGUCGUUUUCAAGCAUUGACGUUGGCCUAGCAGCUCGUCACCUUCAGCAACUGCCUCCGAUGCCAACAUUGCCUACAACCACACUCCCACCAUUCCCAUCUAUCCCUAAUCUCCCACAGCCAUCCAUACGAUCUUUCCCAAGGCCCGGGGCACUUCCUCCACUUCCUACCAUGCCUGGGUUGCCAACGUUGCCUAGUGUACCAAGGGCCACAUUACCCCCUCUACCAAGCAUGCCUUCGAUUCCCACAAUCCCAACUACAAUUCCUUCUAUUCCUUUCCUUUCUCCACCACCUUCUCCUUCUAGUCCUUAA